AUGGCUUCACGAUUCCCCCAGUCUGACCUACACCGACGGGACCCUCGCGCAUCUUCAUCCCUCUUCGAAUCCUACAAUGGCGACUCCAGACCCGCGAGCAGGUCCCCCGGUAGUGUUGGUGGAUACGGGUACGGCGGUUAUCCAGGAACCGACAGGCCCAUGAACGGCAAUGGAAGUGCGGCGGGUUAUAGAGGCGCGACUCCAAAUGCGAAGGGUCAUUACUCGGACGCCGUGCUUUCACAUCUCGAAUCGCAAAAUGACGAGGAAGUUGACGGGAUUUCAGCCAAGGUGAAGAUGCUUAAGGGUAUCACAAUGGCUAUCGGAGACGAAAUUCGCGACACGACACAUAUCACAGACCUGAACGACUCCUUCGAAAAUACACGGACCCGGAUCCGGGGAAAUAUGAACCGCAUGCUGCGCAUGGCGGAACGCACGGGUGUCGGCUGGAAGGUGUGGGUUGGAUUCUUCGCCCUUGUCUUUCUCCUUUUCUUCUAUGUGUGGAUUACUUGA